UGUAUUUUUUUUAAAAACAUUUUAUGUAAAAUAUGCCCGAAAAAUAAUUCUUGCUUUUAUGACUUGAGAACGUUCGGAAAAAUUUGAAGUCGGGGUGACGGAACAGUCAACUAGUGCAGAAGCUCAGUCGUUUUUACCAGGAUAUGGAAGGGUUGCUUUGCUGCUUAACACUAGAAGAGAGAAGAUAGAAUAACCAGUAAAAAUCUGUCACAUGCGAACUCAGGUGGACAAUGGUGUGUCAGGGCCAGGAGGUCAUUGGUUUGGAUUGCCUGUACUUUAGAGGUAACAGAACCCUAAAAUACAUUUUGGCGCCUCCGGAACAAAGGCACCAUUUUGGUACAGGUGAAGCCCUGUUUAUCGUAAACGGUAUCGUUAAUGGGUCUGUCACUUUGCCCUCCGGAUCUCCGUACAACAGUCCCUCAGAGGUCCAGUGGAGGAUUGACAGGAGUUUAAUCGCCUUUUAUUUUGCGCCGGACACUGUGACGAUGGACACUAAGAGAUUUGGGGACAGGUUACGUCUGAACACGAAAGACGGUUCUCUUCUAAUCAACCGGGCACAGAUGGGCGAUGCGGACACGUACACCGUGACAGUCUCUCAAGGCAAAAGCAAACACAAGGCUGAAGUAAAGCUGAUGAUCUAUGAACGGGCAGACAUGCCUAACCUGGAGGUUCUGACCAACACGUCAGGGCCUCGGUUCUGCAAUGUGUCUGUGAGGUGCGCUACCAUCGAUGGCCUCUGGGUGGAGUCGCUCUGUCAGCUUACACAGGGCAAACUUGUGUGCCAGGAGACAGCCAGGAAUGACUCCGCCCACUCAGCGCUGUUACUGAUCACGGUAACCAGAGACGCCAUCAACUGUAGCAGCAGCAACCCCGCCAGCACAAGCUCCGCCCCCCUGCUUCCUGUUAAACAGUUCUGCCCAGCCACUGUGCCGGGUAAGGAAUGAAUGUGUCUCGACCAAUCAGAAUAAGAGACUACUGAAGCACUGAAUUCCCAUAG